UACCCUAACAGCGUUUCUAGAAGCCACAAGCGACUGGUCCAUGAAUAUUGACAAUGGCCUAAUUAACGGAGUUGUAUUUAUUGAUUUAAAGAAAGCUUUUGAUACGAUCGAUCAUCAAAUUAUCCUACAAAAGCUUAAAAAUUAUGGUAUUAACGAAAACAGUCUUACUUGGUUUCAUUCAUACCUCACUGAUAGAACUCAAAAGUGCCGGGUAAACGGUCAACUGUCAGAUUAUGUGCCAGUGGCCUGCGGUGUACCUCAAGGUAGCAGCCUAGGGCCAUUGCUAUUCCUCAUCUACAUUAAUGAUUUAUCGAACUGUCUUGAUCAUACAACUGCAAGAAUGUUCGCAGAUGAUACAAGUAUUAGUUAUGCAUCCGACUCUGCCAAAGAGCUCCAAAAUGUCAUUAACACCGAAUUGAAAGGUCUAAGCGAUUGGCUAACCACUAAUAAACUAAGCUUAAAUAUUGUAAAAACAGAAUUCAUGGUAGUUGGAUCUAGACAGAGAAUAAAAACACUAAAUAAUGAAAUAGAUAUUGAGAUAAACGGUAAUAUGGUCAACCAAGUUACUUCG